GGCACCGGAGGGGGCUGAACAACGUCAAUGCGGCGCGGGCCAUAUUUUAUUGCCAUGUGUGAUGAUGAGCACGAAGGAUUUUUCAAAUGGGGGCCGCCGAAUCCGUCGCCGGCGGUGACUAGUAGUGCGCGCUCGCGGGCUGCAGACAGAGUGGUUGCCCUGUUCCACCCUUGACAGCGACUCGCCCUCGUAUCUUAUCCAAUUUUUUUAAAGCCCGCCUCUCGAAUCAUGGCGUGGAAUUCGUCCUGCAGGUGGCGGGGAAAGAAUUCGUUUCCCCGUCAGUCGCUUCUAAACAACGCGAUUUCAGACACGAUAGCAGCCAAGGGGAUGCGCCGUGAAAUCUUCUUUCAAAGUGUUUCUUUUUUUUUUGUUCGUCGUCGUCUUCUUCCGUCGUGUCGUGCCUGCCGUUCUUGGGUUCUUCUCCAACUACUUACCCGUUCCUCCAACAACGGGCGACCGCUGUUUCCCUCCUCCCUCUCGUCCUCUCUCUUCUGCUUCUUUCUCUCUUCUCCGUCCCCCCACCCGCCGCCGUGUAAGCACCCCUCUCUCUGUCCUCGAAUCCUCUUUUCAGUUUCUCGAGUCGAAUCGCGUGCGGUGUAAGCAAAAUUGGCAGGCAAAAAGAAAUAAGGCGCUAAAGCUGUUUGCUUGCUUUAUGGCGCGCAGCGGACGUGAGGCUGCCGUGACAGGGAGGAGCUCGCAUCGCUGCAGCGUUAGGCGCAAUGGCAUCCCCCCGCACCUGACCAUGCAUUCCAGGCUGUUCAAGAGGCUCGCGAAGAGGAUCAUGUGACGACGCCUCGCGUCGUCUGGAUCGUCGCGCGCUGCGGAGAAAAUAGUGUGCGGGAUGGAUGGCUUCAUUUCGUCGUGGAUGGUGUUCGUCGCGCUGGCACUUCAUCUCGCCGUGGAUGGCUGCUCGGCUAUCAACUUUGAAGGGGCAGCGCUGCUCAAGUUCCAGUCAAGGGUGGAGGAGGAUCCACACAGCGCUAUGGCAGGUUGGAGCCCACGCGACGGCGAUCCCUGCAGCUGGGACGGCGUCCGCUGCGUCGAUGGCAGGGUUGUGAUGCUGAAUCUGAAGGGUCUAUCGUUAAGAGGCACCCUUGGUCCAGAGCUAGGAUCUCUUAGCCAUCUGAGGGCUCUUGUACUCUCCAAUAAUUUUUUCAGUGGACCGAUACCUAAGGAAUUGAGUGCUCUUGCAAUGUUGGAGAUACUGGAUUUAAGCAACAACAACUUGAGUGGAGAAGUUCCACAGGAGAUAGCGGAAAUGCAAUCACUUAAGCAUCUGUUGCUUUUCAACAACAGCUUUCGAUGGCCUCUGAUCCAAAAUUCUUAUGGAAACUUUGAUCAGGAAAAUGAUUUUGACAUCUAUGAUUAUCUUGGGCGAGGUAAUAUGAAUCAAGGAGCUGAGAAUGGGUUCGAAUCAGGUUCUUCAUCAGAGGAGAACAAAAAGGACACCAGCAAUCUUUCUGCUCAGCUUCCAUCACAAUAUGCAGCAAGAAAUCCAGCUGCACAUUUUAGCCAGCGCAGAUUACUUCAGGAUAGCAAUCUUGCUGCACCUUCUUCUGCAAAUGCUCCUGUUCCAGCUGCUGUUCCUGUUCCUUCCACUGGAACUGGCUCGUUUUCAGCAUUUAGUCCCAACAGCGCACCUGCACCAGCUGUAAAUCCCCUAGAUAGUCCACCGACGGUCCCCAGUACUGCAACAGAAGUUUCGAAAAGAAGAUCCAUAAAAUGGGUUAUCAUUGUGCUGCCAUUGGUUGCACUUUUGCUUAUCGUCAUCACAUGUAUGCUUUUGCUAUGUCGCACCAAGUCAGGGACAACAAUAGGCCCAUGGAAGACAGGACUCAGUGGUCAGCUCCAAAAGGCAUUUGUGACAGGAGUACCCAAGUUGCAGCGCUCUGAGCUGGAAGGUGCCUGUGAGGACUUCAGUAACAUUGUGGCAAGCUAUCCACAAUACACCGUCUAUAAGGGAACCUUAUCAAGUGGCGUUGAGAUAGCUGUAGUAUCAACCAUGAUUACCUCUAGCAAAGAUUGGUCAAAACAUUCUGAAGGGCGAUUCAGAAAAAAGAUAGAGUCACUCUCGCGAAUCAAUCAUAAGAACUUCAUCAACCUGCUUGGAUACUGUGAAGAGGAAGAACCUUUCAUGAGGAUGAUGGUGAUGGAAUAUGUGCCCAAUGGAACACUCUACGAACACCUCCAUGUUGAGGGAUUUGAUCCAAUUGAUUGGAAUGGUAGGAUGAGGAUCAUUAUGGGAGUAGCAUACUGCACUCAGCACAUGAAUGAGCUCAACCCUCCUAUAACACACCCAGACAUAAAGUCAAGUUCCAUAUUGCUAUCUGAGGAUGGAGCUGCAAAGAUAGCAGAUUUGAGCGUGUGGCAUGAAGUAUAUUCCAGAGGAAAUAUUCCCAAGGAUGAUGACGUUGUUGAUCACCAUGAGCCAGUAGCAGCUGAUAUAGCUGGGAAUGUGUACAGUUUUGGUCUGCUCAUGCUGGAAAUCAUUUCAGGAAAGCCUUCAUAUUCUGAACAAAAGGGCUCACUUGCGAACUUGGCUUUGGAGUGCAUUAGGGACAACCGGAGCAUGUCUUGUUUGCUUGAUCCUAACUUGAAGGAUCACAAAGAAAAGGACCUAGAAAUCAUAUGUGAGUUGGUUCAGGACUGUAUCCAAACUGAUCCGAAGAAGAGACCAACUAUGAGAGAGGUCACCAAUAGAUUGCGUGAAGUACUAUCAAUUUCACCAGAGGCAGCAACGCCUCGGUUAUCUCCACUUUGGUGGGCAGAGCUUGAGAUCCUUUCAGUUGAAGCAAGCUAGCGUAAUGUUCAUUCUUACAGAAAAACUGAGGUUCUGUGCAUACUGUAAUGCAACCCUGUACAUCUCUGCUGUAUGUUUCCAUCUGGUGUUGUAAUUUUUGGUGUCUGCUUGUUACGUUCUCCUCCCCUUGAAAUUAAUUGGCAGGUUCAUUUUUCUCAUUUCUUCUUCGGCUUCCCUCUGUAUACUAAAUCUACAUGUGGUGGAAGUAGAAUGCUUCAAGCGAUCCUAGGACUGAUUGUAAUCAGGAAAUGUGCAUGUACCAUUCUUUUACGGAGAUAUAUAUUCUUUGAUUGUUGGU